AUGCAGAACAACCCCCAAGAGCUUUCAUGGCAGGCGAUACAGGCAAUCGUGGGAGUUAAACUUCCUACGAAUGUGUUACGUUUUGAUGACAUUGGCUUUCAUUUAGUCAAUAAUUCGGUCUCGAGCGCCGAAGACUCGGAUUCGGAUGUAGAAAUAGUAGAAAAUGAUUGGGAAUCCGAUAACAAUGUAUCCUCACGACAAGAACAUUCAGACAAUGAAAAAACGACAUCUCCUGAUCGGGAACAGAGCGAAUCGCCUAUUCUUCAUCUCGUAGAGCCAGACAACAACAAUACUGGAAAAGAUUCUUUACUUUAUACAGGAAAAUAUUUAGAGAAAAUGGAUUGCAAAGAUGACAUAUCAGAGAAAGAACAAAUUUCUCAAAGUCACAUUGAUGAUACAGACAGUUCCAAUGGCAAUGUAAUGUCUAUUGAAAAUUAUUUAGAAGUAACUCUUUCUACUGAGUCGGAAACCAGUCACACAUGCAGCCAGUGUAACCAAAUAUUUUCCAGUGAGCAAGCAUUAUCUUCUCAUAACUGUGGUGCUAAGUUAUUAGAGGAUAAGAAAUACCCCUGUCAUGUUUGUUCUGAAAAAUUCCCUAGCUAUUGGGAGUUACGGAAGCAUAUAAAUAGUCAUUUCCCUGGACUUAUAAAACGCGACAAUUCCAAAGAUCGAACAGACCUAGACGUUAUCCGGGAAAACCACAAGUUUCUCUGGGAGGAAGAUGACGUUGUCGAUUCCUGGGAAAAACAGUUGGCCAAGAAAUAUUACGAUAAGCUCUUCAAAGAAUAUUGUAUAUGUGAUUUAACGAGAUACAAAGAAAACAAAGUUGCGCUGCGAUGGCGUAUCGAAAAAGAAGUUGUUCUCGGCAAAGGUCAAUUUCAAUGCGGCAACAAACACUGCAACUGCGACAACGAGCUGAAAUCUUGGGAAGUUAAUUUCGCUUACUUAGAAGACAAUCAGAAAAGGAAUGCACUUAUAAAGCUUCGUUUAUGUCCGGAAUGUUCAGAUAAAUUAAACUAUAGAUCAAAGAAACGUGAAGUUAAAAGGCUGAAGAAGAAAAGGAAAUCAAACAAAAAGAGUGGUGACGACGAAGAUGUUCCUUAUGAUGAAGAGCCUAUUGAUUGUGAACCUCACACUCCUGAAGAAGAGACGACAGAACAACCUUCCACCAGCUCCUCUUGUGACCUGACAGAGGGUACUGAGGAAGGCGCAGCAUUGUGGAAAAAAGAGGAAAAGACACGCGAGGAGGAGUUCGAAGAAUACUUAGAAGAUUUAUUGUUGUAA